AUUCCCCCCCCCCCCCCCCCCCCCCACUUUUUGUUCGAUCUCCUUUUGCGUUUUCAAGCACCCGCACGAAGCUCCAAGCACCACCACAACCACCACCAACCUCAAGGGGAAGAAGAAGAAGAAGAAGAAGUACAGAGAGGCCUCAGCGCGCCGAGACAUGGGACGAUCCCCUUGCUGCGAGAAGGCCCACACCAACAAGGGCGCCUGGACCAAGGAAGAGGACCAGCGCCUCGUCGACUACAUCCGCCUCCACGGCGAAGGUUGCUGGCGUUCCCUCCCCAAAGCUGCCGGGCUCCUCAGGUGCGGCAAGAGUUGCCGGCUCAGGUGGAUAAACUACCUCCGCCCCGACCUCAAGCGCGGCAACUUCACCGACGAAGAAGACGAGCUCAUCAUCAAGCUCCACAGCUUGCUCGGCAACAAAUGGUCUCUCAUCGCGGGGAGAUUGCCCGGAAGAACCGACAACGAGAUCAAGAACUACUGGAACACCCACAUCAAGCGCAAGCUCAUCGGCCGCGGAAUCGACCCCCAGACCCACCGCCCCCUCAGCUCCGCCGCCCCCGGCGUUCCUCCGGCGGCCACCUCCCCUCCCUCCUUGCCCGUCACCGAAAUCAGCCUCAUUAGCUCGAGCCUCGAUCGCAAGCACGGCGGCAGCGGCUACUACGGCUGCAAGAAGCUGGAGCCCAAGACGGUGCCCCUCCCGGAAGACAACCACUGCACGACGAGCAGCGGCACCACCACCGACGAGGAGCUGAAGCCGCCGCGAAGUCGACAGCAGCAAGCCCAGUGCGGAAGCGAGCUCAACUUGGAGCUCUCGAUCGGGUUGGCCCCAUCUUGUCACGAGCUCAACCGCAACGCAUCCUCGGUGACUGCGAACACGGCAGAGUCUAAGCUCCAGGAGCAUCCUUACCCGUUCGUCGUCACCCAAACGCCCGGCACGGCCGCGGCAGCGACAGCAACGGUGUGCUUAUGUUGCCAGUUGGGGUCUCGGAGCGGUGGGAUGUGUCGGAAUUGCCAGAGCAACGACGGCUUCCUCGGAUACUACACGGAGUUAGGUUCAUAGUCUUUCAAGAAACAAGAACAAGAAACAGGAAAAAGAUAAAGUUUAGUCUGUAAUAUUUCUGAUUCCAGUAUAGAAUGCUCACUCACUUCUGUCACCUGCCUGAACUGAAUCAAGCCCCAUUCCAAUUUGGAUUUUUUUGUCAUCAUGACAUUGUUGAAGUAAUAGCAACGGAUAUGGCAACACCUGCUACUGCUUCAA